AUGGCGCUGUCCGUGCCGGUUAACGGGCUGAAGGAGGGCGACAAGGAGCCCGUCAUAGAGCUUUUCGUUAAGGCUGGCAGCGAUGGUGAGAGCAUAGGGAACUGUCCCUUCUCUCAGAGGCUCUUCAUGAUCCUUUGGCUGAAGGGAGUGGUGUUCAGUGUCACAACAGUCGACCUGAAGAGGAAACCAGCAGACCUUCAAAACCUGGCUCCAGGCACUCACCCACCCUUCAUCACUUACAAUGGGGAAGUCAGGACAGAUGUCAACAAGAUUGAAGAGUUCCUGGAAGAUGUUUUGGCUCCACCCAAGUACCUAAAACUUUCACCAAAGCAUCCUGAGUCCAACACAGCUGGGAUGGAUAUAUUUGCCAAAUUCUCUGCUUUCAUCAAGAAUUCUAGACCAGAAGCUAAUGAAGCCCUGGAACGUGGCCUGUUGAAGACCCUGCAGAAGCUGGACGAGUACCUGAACUGCCCCCUGCCUGACGAGAUCGACGAGAACAGCCUGGAGGACAUCUCCAGCUCCAGCCGCAAGUUCCUGGAUGGCAACGAGAUGACCUUGGCAGACUGCAACCUGCUGCCCAAGCUGCACAUUGUCAAGGUGGUGGCUAAAAAGUAUCGCAACUUUGAGAUCCCCAAGGAGAUGACAGGGGUCUGGAGAUACCUGACAAAUGCUUACAGCAGGGAUGAGUUCACCAACACCUGUCCUGGAGACAAAGAAAUUGAAAUAGCUUACAGUGAUGUAGCCAAGAGACUCACCAAGUAA